AUGAGGAAGGAUAUUUCAAGCUUCAUCCUUUCAGGGCUUAAUAACAAUCUAGUGCUUCGGGGGAUUAACCAUACAAAUUUGGUGUCGAUACCCAAGAUUAAGAACCCAAGUUGGGUUAAGGAUUUCAGAUCUAUCAGCCUAUGUAAUGUGAUCUAUAAGAUAGUCUCAAAAGUGCUGGCGAAUAGAUUGAAGAAUGUGCUACCAAGGGUCAUAAUCAAAAAUCAAAGUGCUUUUGUGCCCGGUCGAUCUAUCUUUGACAAAGCAAUCGUGGCUUUUGAAACCAUACAUUUUAUGAGAAACAAAAGAAAGGGUCGAGAAGGUCACAUGGCGAUAAAAUUGGAUAUGAGCAAAGCAUACGACAGGGUGGAGUGGCUAUAUCUCGAGGAAAUAAUGAGGAGUAUGGGUUUGUCUAGCCACCUUUAUAAGGGUGAGAUCAAAAUGAGGAUGAGAGGUGUUGCAAUCCGAAAAUUGGAAACCCGGGUUUCUCAUAUCCUAUUCGCGGAUGAUAGUAUUUUAUCCAUUGAGGUGAAAGAAAAGGAAGCUGCCUUUGGGCAAGUUAUUAAACUUUUCAAUGCCAAUACAAAGCCAAAAUUCAAGACCAAAUUAAUGGAUACUAUAGGUAUCUAUAGAACAAUGGAAGAUAGCUCUUACCUGGGAUUGCCAAUUGCCUUUGGAAGAGAGAAAUGCGGCUGUCUUGGUCCCAUAAAACAACGGGUAUGGUCUAGCAUUCAAGGGUGGCGUGGAAGGAUUCUAUCGCAAGCUGAGAGGGUUGUUUUCAUUUAA